AUGCAGCGCCCAUCGCUCUCGGUCGCGGCCUGGGCCGCGCUCACCAAGGCGCCCUGCACCGGCGAACCGGUAGCCAUCGCCCCGUAUGUACGGCCGUCGCUCGAAGACGUCUACGACAUUGACCGCAGCGCUCUCCUCGCCGCCGGUGGCUCGGCGUACCUCGUGCGCGGCCAGCACAAGGCGUCGGGCCACGCCGUCGCCAUCAAGCGCAUGACGCGCACCGUGACGAAUAGCGUGUAUGCACUCAAGGACGUGCGCGGCGAGAUCGCCUGUCUCCGCGCACUGCAAGGCCAUCCCCACAUUGUCCGCCUCCUCGAUCACUUUGACGACGUCGACAGCGAGCAUGGCGACGACCGCACGAUCUCGCUCGUCUUGGAGCUCGCAGCCCACGGCGACCUUCUCUCGUACGUCACGGCCCACGGACCGCUCUCGGAGGCGGCGACCAAGCACAUUGCGUUGCAGUUGCUCGACGCUCUCGAUGCGAUGCACGCCCACGGCAUUGUGCACCGGGACCUCAAGCUCGAAAAUAUCCUCGUGACGGCGGUGGACCCGCACGCGCCAUGGAAGCUGACGGUGCAAGUGGCCGACUUUGGCUUUGCGACCUCGUGCCGCCAUCCGCUCACGCGGCAGUGCGGCACGGACGGCUACAUGGCCCCGGAAAUGUGCCGCAAGCAAGCGUACGGUGCGUCGAUCGACGUCUUUAGCCUCGGCGUCGUCGUGCAUGCGAUGCUACUCCACCGCCUUCCAUUUGACGGCGCCGACUUUUCGCCGAUCCUUACGUAUGGCACUCUCUCCGCAGACGCCCGAGACUUUGUGCAGCAGCUCUUGCAGCUCUACCCGGCCAAGCGCGCGACGAUCGCAGCCGCGCGCGCCCACCCUUGGCUCGUCGACACGACAGCGUUUCUUGAAGCUGGCUUUGUGCAGCAGCUGGCAGCGUUCGUCCUCGAGCAUCAACUGGUCGCGACGAACAUCCAUACCAAGACGACGAGCCGCCCAGGCCUCGACCUCCUCCUCGCCGACUGCUUUGCCGACGAGCACCAGCUGCCACAGCUUGCCGCGCACAUGCACGAUGUGCCGCUGCUUCGGCGUCAAUUGCCGUCGCUCGUCGCGGCGUGCCUUCACGGCGUCGCGGAUUGA